UCAGCUGGUAGUCAGUGGUCUCUUGAAUGCUGCAGCGCCGCAGUGGAGGAGGAAGAACCCUGCAGCCGCUCUUCUCUGCCAGAAACCCCGUAGUGCAUCACAACAGCGCCAUUCGGUCCCUGAGACAGUAUCCAAAAUGGCAGGAGCUGAUGGAGACGACUCUCUCUACCCUAUCGCCGUUCUCAUUGACGAACUGCGCAAUGAGGACGUCCAGUUACGACUGAACAGCAUCAAAAAGCUGUCCACAAUCGCCCUGGCCCUCGGUGUCGAGAGGACCCGCACUGAACUUCUACCUUUCCUCACAGACACCAUCUACGAUGAAGAUGAGGUGCUGUUGGCCUUGGCUGAGCAGCUUGGCAAUUUCACUAUGCUGGUUGGAGGGCCAGAGUACGUCCACUGUCUCUUGCCUCCUCUGGAGAGUCUUGCGACAGUAGAGGAGACAGUUGUCAGAGACAAAGCUGUGGAGUCCCUGCGGAAGAUCUCUCAGGAGCACUCUCCAGUUGACUUGGAGGUCCACUUUGAGCCUUUGGUCAAGCGGCUGGCCAGCGGUGACUGGUUCACCUCUCGCACAUCUGCCUGUGGUCUCUUUAGUGUGUGUUAUCCUCGUGUCUCCAGCACUGUCAAGGCAGAGAUUCGUCAGCAUUUCCGCACCUUGUGCUCAGAUGAUACACCCAUGGUGCGUCGUGCUGCAGCAUCUAAACUGGGAGAGUUUGCUAAAGUCUUGGAGCUGGAUUAUGUCAAAAGUGACAUUAUUUCCCUCUUCACUGCUCUGGCAUCUGAUGAGCAGGACUCAGUGCGGCUGCUUGCCGUGGAGGCAUGUGUCAGCAUUGCCACUUUGCUGCCUCAGGAGGACCUGGAGACACUGGUGAUGCCAACUCUGCGCCAGGCUGCAGAAGACAAAUCCUGGAGGGUUCGCUACAUGGUGGCCGACAAGUUCUCUGAGCUCCAGAAAGCAGUGGGACCAGAGAUCACCAAGAACGAUCUGGUCCCGGCCUUCCAGAACCUUCUAAAGGACUGUGAAGCUGAAGUCCGUGCUGCUGCAGCCAACAAAGUCAAAGAAUUCUGUGAGAAUCUCCCAGAGGACAGUCGUGAGCAAAUUAUUAUGACUCAUAUCCUGCCCUGUGUCAAGGAACUGGUUUCAGACACCAACCAGCAUGUGAAGUCAGCUCUGGCCUCAGUCAUCAUGGGCCUGUCAACCAUCCUGGGCAAGGACAACACAAUAGAGCACUUACUGCCGCUCUUCCUGGCUCAGCUCAAGGACGAGUGUCCCGAGGUGCGUCUCAACAUCAUCUCCAACCUGGACUGUGUGAACGAGGUGAUUGGCAUCCGUCAGCUCUCCCAGUCUCUACUGCCGGCCAUCGUGGAGCUGGCAGAGGACGCAAAGUGGAGGGUCCGCCUCGCCAUCAUUGAGUACAUGCCCCUGUUGGCAGGACAGCUGGGAGUCGAAUUUUUCGAUGAGAAACUCAACACCCUCUGCAUGGCCUGGCUCAUCGACCACGUGUACGCCAUCCGUGAGGCAGCCACCUGUAAUCUGAUGAAGCUGGUGGAGAAGUUUGGAGCUGAGUGGGCUCAGAACACCAUCGUCCCUAAAGUGCUGGGCAUGGCCAACGACCCCAAUUACCUCCACAGGAUGACCACUCUAUUCUGCAUCAAUGCUUUGUCUGAGGCAUGCGGUCAGGAUAUCACCACCAAGCAGAUGCUUCCUGUGGUCCUUAAAAUGUCCAACGACCAGGUGGCCAACGUACGCUUCAACGUGGCGAAAUCCCUUCAGAAGAUCGGCCCCAUCCUCGACAGCAAUGCCCUUCAAACAGAAGUGAAGCCAGUGCUGGAGAAACUGGCCACAGACACAGACAUGGAUGUCAAGUACUUUGCCCAGGAGGCGAUCAGUGUUCUGGCCCUAGCAUAAAACCAACCCCACAUCUCUAAACCAGACCACCAUCCGAAGCAACAACAGAAACACUUUUACAAGAUAUUUAUUGAUGUUCAGGAAUAACUGGUUAUUGUAUAGAGAGAAGCUGUUAACAAUGCUUUUUAUCUUUUUCUUUCUUCCUUUUGUUUACUGUCCAUUGGUAGACAUGUCCAGGCAUAGCGCAGGCUUCUAUGUUAACCUUCCUCUUUGCUGUAAAUGGGUGCUUCUUCAACUAAAGCAAAGUGUGAUGAAACUGCAUUAAGUGGUGUGCAUGCUGACUAAUGUGCUACCGUACUAGCUAGGCAUCGCUAACCAGACCCCCCCUUUCACAUUCCUCCCUUCGACAUCCUUGAUCAGUGUUUGCAGCAUACCACACGUCUACGCCUGCUACCUAGCACCUACGGCCAUGCUGCUACACUUUCCCCCCAAUGCUAGACGCUAACUACUAGCAGCAGACGGCUCAACAAGCUGUUUAUUCCGCUGCGCUUCCUCCCUCUGACAGCACUCCUCUCCUGCCUGUAGCACUGCAGAGGAGUGAUUGGAAGGACUGAGCAGGUUGAGUUUAUUCCACCAGAUCAAACCUGUUGUGUGCUAACCGCUUCACAGCAAUGUUUUGUACUCCCCUCCAACAAAGAAAUAAUGGGAUGUCCAUUACUGCAUGUAAUCCGAUGAACCCUUUCAGUGAUUGCAUGUUCUAAUCAAUCUCAAAUGGUGUCCCUUCACUCCAUCUAGCAGACUACCCCACCCCUCUGCACUGUUUGUUCUCUGCAGCAACUCAGAUUGAAUUGGUGAAACAGAUUAAUUACCUCGGCCCACUGUAACGGGGACCAGCUCAGUCGUAAAGUGUUGCCCAUAAUUACUCCUCCUACAGAUCCUCAGUGGUUUUCGUUGACGUGCUAGGGUGGGAAGUAGUCGUCAUUUGUGAUUUUCUGCAAUCAUUUCUCAGCAUUGCUCUUACUCCGUGUGCCAAUGAUUUUGAUAAGCAGUGGUGUUUUCUUUUAGUACGCCGGGGUAAUUGGCUCUCAUCUGUCCCGUUCUUUUCUCUAAGUCUGCUUUAUUCCUCGGACGUUAAUGUGUGAUGGUAAAACUAACUCGACUACAGCUGUCUGGACUGUGGGGUAAACAAAACCACGGCUCUCGUGUCCUACUCGCCCAGUUUUCUUUGAAAUCCAUGCCACGCCUGUACACGAGAUUUAAAGCAGAAUGUCAGCGAACGUGAAGGGCCACCCAAGGAUUUCUGCUUUCUGAUCUCUACACGAUGGUGAACAAGUGCAUGCUUUCAAAGAAAGUGGGCUGGGGGACGUGGAGCUUGUGUACGUAAGGCUGCAUAAUGUUUUAUUAUGGGGUGGGAGCGCGGGUGGUUAAGGGCGGGUUGAAUAAAUGUAUCGUCUGUGUUGAUAAAAGAAACUUUUGUCUUUCUCUGAACUGCUCCCGCCGUUCUCUUCUCCUCCCUCCUCCCCUCUCAUUUGUUCUCUUGAAUAAACCUUGAUUGUUGAUUGUCCUGUAUCACAAAGACUGUGCUUUUAUUUUUAUUUUGAAAUCUCUUCACUCUUGGGAUGCUGUAUCUUCAUCUGAAUAAAGUAACACAAUGAACCGG